CACGACUGUUUGUUGGACUUGGUAAACAAGAUAACCCAAAGGCCUUAAGCUUGUCAUGGCACCUCAUGCCUCCCCUUCUGUUGCCCCUCCAGAUAGCCGACCUCCAAAACGACCUCGUUUAUCCAAAUCUACUCAUCGCGUUCUUAAUGUUUGGGCUCAGCUCGCCGAACGCUACAACAAACGUCUUGACGAAGAUGAUAUUGUCGACCUCUACAGCGGCACCAUAAUCAGCGACAGAGGAGUACUAAAGAAUGGAAAGGACUAUGAUUUUGGUCAUUUUGCUUCCGAUGAUAGUCAGGAUGACCCAGAUCAGGAGCAGGAGCAGGAGCCCGGCGAGCAGGACCAGGAUGAUGACGUCGAUGAAUUGGACACUCUACCCGUUCGGCGCGCGCCCGACGGUACUAUGGCAUCAACUUCUGAGUUGCUUCGUGCCGUGCCACCUCUUUCAGCAACAACAGACGCUGACGAUCUCAAUGACUUUUUGGAGGCUGAAAAGAGACGGAGAGAGCUGUUGGGGGAUGAGGACGGUGAUGAUGACUUGUCUGUGGAAGAACUAGCUGCGCUACGAGAGGCUUUACACGAGUCAGAGGAAGAUGAAGAACAGCCGAAGACCGUUGAUACAGCAGCCAUAGAAGACGAGUCCGAGGAUGAACUUAAUAGCAUAUGGCAGCACGACGAGGCUAGUGCUGUGUACCACAUCCCCCGCAAUGAAUCUAAACAGGAUUCUGCGGAAGGUGAGCAAAAAGUCUUAGAGUUCGCUGAUUCUGACGAGGAGUUUGCCGCGCUCCUCGAGCGACCCCCGCAAGCUGGAAAGCGAAAGCGAAACUCUUCACCACCAUUUUCUCUACGAGGAUCUUCUCCAUCUUCACAUCGUUAUACAUCAUCUGAAAGCACUCUAGUACCUGAUACACCUUCGACUACAGCAAGCACCCGUUUUGCGUCUCGUACGCCGCAGACUCAAGUCUACCCCUUUGCCACCCCCUCCAUUGAUCUCACCCAACCAUCACUGCGGACUCAAAUCUACCCUUUCGCCAUCCCCUCCAUUGAUCCCACUCAACCAUCACCGCGGACUCAAGUUUAUCCUUUUACCACCCCCUCCAUCGCUCCCACUCAACCAUCACCGCGGACUCAAGUUUACCCUUUUGCCACUCCCUCCAUCGAUCCCACUCAACCACCACAACUCCUUCUCUACCAGGCGAUGCACCAACUAUCAUAUGCUUUGUCCGCCACGAUGUCGACAUAUGGCUCACCUCGAAUGCCUCCGCCAUCGACAGGUCCGUGGGGUGCGUACCCCCUAGGUUUUGCGCAUCCUUGGGGGCCACAAGGGACGUCUGAAGCAUCGCACUCUUUUAAGCUGGACGAUAAUGUACAUGACGAUGAACGGCCAGACGAUGAAAGUACACUCGUGAACCAUGAUGGUGGUGCACUAGAGAAUGGCAGAAGGCGGAGGCGGUCCACAAGUCCUAUAGGUUCAAGGAGGGAUGCGAGGAAGAUUGAGCGCCGGAAGUCUACCCGAUUUUAUGACGAAAAAUAUCAGGAACAGCGUAUCGUGUCGAAGGGACCAACACCUGGUACUCCAUCUCCUACCCGUAGUCUUACGGGGUCCACUAGCACGAACAAGAAGAAGGGGAAGGCAAAACGCAAGUCGUAAGCUGUAUGAUCUUCAUCCCGUUGUGUAUUUAAGCAGUAUGUAUUGGACAUCUUGGGUAUGAAGAAAAACUAUUAAAAUCUGUUGUACU